CUCUUCUCCCACUGGCUGUUAUGACCUAACCAGCUCCCGGACGACACUCUUGCUUUCACCGCUGACCGCUGCGUCUGAAACAGUUUGUUUAGAGCGUUUUUUGGGCACUCUUACAUUCAGCAUAAGGUCGUUUAUGGUUGCACUGCCGCGACUUUUCACUCGUAGCUGCUGGCCUCUGAGGCUAGCUGGCUAGCAGAGCAGUGACAGAGUGGAGCCAGCUGGUCGGACCGAGGCACAGAAACGUUAGCAAACAAGCUAAUUAGCCAGAAAGACUCAGCCUGGAUUAUUGUCUUUAAUCAAAGAGAUAGAGAGAGAGAGAGAGAGCAAGUCUGCUCGGUCAGUCACUGCGGCAAAAUGAAGAUAACUGUGGAUUUCGAGGAGUGUUUGAAGGACUCCCCACGUUUCAGAGCCACCAUAGAGGAAGUGGAGGGGGAUGUGUGUGAGUUGGAAUCCAAGCUCGACAAAUUGGUGAAAUUGUGUAUUGGGAUGAUUGAUGCUGGAAAAGCCUACAAUGCAGCCAAUAAGCAGUUUGUUAACGGGAUCCGGGAGCUAGCCCAGCAGUCCACCAGAGAUGAAGUCAUCGAGUCUAGUCUCACAAAGUUUGCUGAGAGCCUUCAGGAGAUGAUCAACUAUCACACGAUAUUAUUCGAUCAGGCCCAGAGAUCAAUCAAGACCCAGCUUCAAACAUUUGUCAAAGAUGACCUACGUAAGUUCAAAGAAGCCAAGAAGCAAUUUGAUAAAGUGAGUGAGGAGAAGGAGGCAGCACUGAUCAAGAAUGCCCAGGCACCCCGCAACAAGCAGCAUGAGGUGGAGGAGGCCACCAACAUCCUCACUGCCACACGCAAGUGCUUCCGACACAUCGUCCUCGACUACGUCUUACAGAUAAAUGUGCUACAAUCCAAGAGAAGAUCAGAAAUUCUGAAAUCGAUGCUGUCCUUCAUGUAUGCCCACUUGACGUUCUUUCACCAAGGAUAUGACCUCUUCAGUGAACUACAACCUCUUAUGAAACAGCUUGGAGGACAGUUGGACCAGCUGGUGGUAGAUGCUGCCAAAGAGAAAAGAGACAUGGAACAGAAACACUCCACCAUCCAGCAAAAGGAUUUCUCGCAUGACGACACCAAGCUGGAGUACAAUGUGGACGCAGACAACGGCAUCGCCAUGGAGGGUUAUCUGUUUAAGAGGGCCAGCAACGCCUUCAAGACAUGGAAUAGACGUUGGUUCUCCAUCCAAAACAAUCAGCUAGUGUACCAGAAGAAAUUUAAGGACAACCCUACAGUGGUGGUAGAGGACCUUAGGCUAUGUACAGUCAAACACUGUGAAGACAUAGAGCGUCGCUUCUGUUUCGAAGUGGUGUCGCCCACCAAGAGCUGUAUGAUGCAGGCAGACUCAGAGAAGCUGCGACAGGCCUGGAUCAAAGCCGUCCAGAACAGCAUUGCCACCGCCUUCCGCGACAAGGGAGAUGAUGGCGAGAAGCUGGACAGGAAGUCGUCCACAUCAACAGGGAGUCUGGACUCCGGUGGGGAGCCAAAGGAGAGAUCACUCAAAGGAGAGAGCGCCCUGCAGAAGGUCCUGGCCAUCCCGGGCAAUGCCUGUUGCUGCGACUGUGGCCAGCCGGACCCCCGCUGGGCCAGCAUCAAUCUGGGCAUCACCCUCUGUAUACAGUGUUCUGGCAUUCACAGGAGUCUUGGCGUGCAUUUCUCUAAGGUUCGGUCUCUGACUUUGGAUACAUGGGAACCAGAACUGCUUAAGUUGAUGUGUGAAUUGGGAAACAAAGUGAUCAACGAGAUCUAUGAGGCUCGGCGAGAGGAGUUAGGAGCCAGAAAACCACAGCCAGGAGACCCGAGACAUGAGGUAGAGGCCUACAUCAAAGCCAAAUACGUGGACCGCCGGUUUGUACGCCGGCCGUCAGACGAGGAGCUUCGCAACAAAGUGGUCACUCUGAGCAAACAGGAGAAGAGGCUGAGCAGUAGCUCUGAGCAUCUGCCCCCAAGACCGCCUCCGCCUACCCCCAAACUCCGACCUGGUUCAAAUGUCUCCGGACAGACAGCUGUUGCCAGCGGCUUGGAGGCCCGCCGCGACUCUCUCUUCUGUCCUGACGAGCUUGACUCGCUCUUCUCCUACUUUGACACCUCCUCCAAGCUCAGGAGCAUAAAAAGUGCAGACAGUGGCAUCCAAAACAGCGCUGAUGGAAGCAGGGAAAUGCUGGCCAACACCCCCUCCAAUAACAGCCUGGCAGAUGCAGAUGCUGCUGAGUCUCCGCCCAUGCCCAUGCCUGCCACGCUGCCUCCUCCGUCGCCCUGUAAGGAGAUGGUUUUCUAUGAGCCCAAGGAGUACAGCCCAGGUCUGCAGCUUUACUGGGCUUCAUGUGCCCGCAGCCUGCCAGACAUGGCAGAGGCACUGGCCCACGGAGCCGAGGUCAACUGGGUCAACACGGAGGACGACAAGAGGACGCCGCUUAUCAUGGCAGUGCAGGGGGGUUCACUGGUCACCUGUGAGUUUUUGCUUCAAAAUGCAGCUAAUGUGAAUCAGCAGGACACUCAGGGUCGGGGACCCCUCCACCACGCCACCAUGCUGGGACACACAGGGCAAGUGUGUUUGUUCUUAAAAAGAGGAGCAAAUCAAAAUGCUGCAGACAUUGACGAGAAAACACCCCUGGCCAUAGCGGUGGAGGCGGCCAACGCAGAUAUUGUCACGCUGUUGCGACUGGCGAAGAUGAACGAGGAGAUGCGAGAGGCAGAGGGGCCCUACAGCCAGUCAGGAGAUGAAACCUACCAGGACAUUUUCCAGGACUUCACCCACAUGGCCUCCAACGACCCGGACAAGCUGAACCGCUACCAGCAGUACGACCCGCAGCGACCCUGACACUCCAGAAACACCGUCCACUAGCACUGACACUGCCUGCUCAAACCGAGAGGCAAAGUAACGAUGUCUGCCUCCACCUGGAAAGUCACCAGGUCAUUUUUCCUCCAACAUCGUUUAGAAACAUCUGCAUUAAAGCUGGUUAGUGCCACCACAGCUGGGACACAUGCCACCAUAUCUAACGUGGCUGAAGCUCCCUUUCAUCAGAUUAAUUUGACAUGCAGCUAUGAUUACAGCCCUUGUUUAAAAGUUCAAGCACUUCACUCGGGUGAAGGGGAACUUCUGUGAAUGGAAAAUUCUUUUGUAACAUUUUUUUUAAACUGUGCUCAGUAGGACCUAUUACAAUAAGUGAAUGGUACAGUGUUGAAGCCUUUGAAAGGAUUUACAGAGUAAUAAAAAAAAAAAAUCAAACAAUAAUUGAAAUCAGUCUGAAUGUAAAGCUACCAAGAAGGCCGUCAGUUAUUUUGACUGAGUUUAAUCUUUCACGUCACACUUUUUUUUUUUCAGUAUUUAAAGAAAAAAAGAAGUGUGCUGCGUCCGUUGUAAAGAGAGGUUAGUGCAUGACAGACUGUUAAAUACUCCUUUUCAAUUUUUAAGUGCUUCCUCUUUUCGUAGGAUUCUCUUUAUGAGCAUAGGCAUCGUUUUUGUUCUAUCUUGUUUUAUGAACUCUCAGCAGCGUAUACAUGGCAAUAUGCUUUUACUUAUUUGCACAAAUCUGUUUGUCUUAAAUCGCCACUGAUGUUUACCAAUUUUGAUGGUAAGACUUUGACGUGUUGAACAAUGUACAGUGAUUUAUGGAAGUAAACAUAUUAUUGAUGCGUCUUUAAUGUUUUUUUUUUUUUUUUUAAUGCUUGAGAUUUCCCUCUGAAUGAUUUUAAUUUCCCAUGUUGUCACCACCUCAGUACCUGUGGUAUGUCUCAGUGUGGCAAUCAGCCCUUCAGCUUCUCCAUUCUGUGUAUCUGAAAUAGCUUCAGUCGUCUGAGGGGACUGUGAAUUUGUAGAUUCAGUCUCAAGUUAAGAACUGUGCAUCAGUCUGGACCUAUAGAAUAUAGGUGGACAUUUUAUUCCCAUUUAUUUUAGAAUUGUCGGCAACACUUUAUUUUUACAGGUUCAUGAUUUUGUAAGAAUUUCCACUGAGUUUUCCUGGAAGAAACUGUGUGAUUUGUUAAUAAUUAAAAUGAAUGUAGGAUUUUCCUUGAAAGAACCGUUCCAUCUAGACACAAGUAAAUGUUUAUUUUAUACUGGAAACCUUAAGGUUCAGUCCUUGUUGAUUUGGCAACACCUGUGGUUACCGUGGUAACAGAAAGUGCAUUUUAAUACUACAGCAACUGUUCAUCUAAGAGCUCAUGGUGGCUGCUCCCACUCAUUUCAUUACUCUCUUGCUAAAGUGAAAAAUAGUCAGUUGACUAAAAAAUGCUGAGAAUGACUGUCUUGUUUUGUAGAUGUAUUUUUGAUUUAAAAAACAAAAAACAAAAAACAAAAAAAAAAAACAAAUGUUGGUGACAAAUAUACUGUGACUGCUUCACAAUAAAAGCCACCCUAUGUUUACCCAGUUUUUCUGGUAGCUUCCUUAGAAAUUACUAAGAAAUAAUUAGGAAAUGAAGGACCUAUAAUACAGUGAAAGGAUACCAAAAUACCAUUCAUAGUUGUUUUGUUUCGUUUUGUUUUUCAGAGGAAAUUGCACAGUCUGGUAUUUCUGUAAAGAUAUGUGGCCUGAGUUGUAAAGCCACUGUCAUUUCAUGUGUUGAGCUGUUAAAGAAACAUUUUAAGACCUAAUUUAGACGGUAUCAGCUGCCUUCACUGAAAUGUUGAACUCAGAAAUUAAUUCUGCAAAUUUCAUAUAGAAGUUAUGCACUGUACUGUAUGAUGUUAUUUUCUUCGUCAUACUCUUAUAAAACUGUACAAUCUUCACUUCUCUUUUGCAUUUACAGUAUAUAGCAAGAUAAAAUAUCUGUUUCAGAGGAAACCUUUGGCCAAUGCAACAUGGGAUACAAUUAUUGUACAUUUUGUACAGAUGUUUUUGAAUUCUCCAGAGAACUGAAGUAUAAAGUUAGAGGUACUUGAAUCAUUAAAUAAGCUUUUGUAAAUGCUGUUCUUUGUAUCCUUCGGUAAUUUUAGCCCAUUUUAUAUUGCCUGUCUGUAAACCAAUAUACAUGUACUGUAUAUUCUACCUGUAAUAUGUAAGGACUUCAAUACAUACUGACUGAGGAUCCA